AUGGGCGGAGGCGGAGCAGAGGCACUGGAUGUGACAUCCUAUGUUGGACGAUGUGCAAUCUUGGUUUCUCAGUGCAGUGAUGUCUUGAAUGAAGCCAUAUCAACAUAUGUUGGAAAAUGGGCUCAGGAAAGCCUGCAGCUUCUAAACCAAAAGGGCAACAGGAGCAACAGUGUAGAGGAGAAUCUGAAAUUGUGGAAGGAAAUGAGUGCAGGAUCAGAGAGAGGAUUGCAGUGCUGUGUCCGUGGAAAGUUAGACAUGCAAGACCCAAACAAGUCUCUUCGAGAUCCACAAACGUCAUCUUCGUUGGUUCACAUUUACGCUCGAUUUCCAACUGUCCUAGGAAUUGUUCGGAGGGGUUUGACAAUCGAGGCAUUGGUGCAAUUUAUUCUUGAUCAGUUAACAAGAAGAUUAUUCGAACAUGAGAAAUUUGAAGCGUGGAGAGAUAUUGCAGCUGGUGAGGAAGGGCUACUUUAG